CAAUAUAUAAGCUUCAUCCGUCGUCUGCUCCUAUUCAGACCAAAAGGGUCCCGAUCCCCUGUGCAUUUUGCUAGCGUCCAGCUCAGGUUCUUGCAACAAUGGCUGCAACCCAGCCCAGUUCAACCGUGCCCAUACCAGGCUCCGUUAACAAGAGCAUCGCCUUCCGAGUCGGUCGGAACGCAGCUGCCCUCAACCAGCCCUGCUUCGGUCAGUCGCGGCGAAUGAAUCGUGUCGUCAAGGCUCGCGCUGUCAAGGCCGUCGGCCUGCGGCAGCAGCGGAAAGCUGUCUCGCCGCAGUCGCCACCCUCUCCUAACCAGGAAAGCGCCAUGAACGCGCGGACGGGCAAGGUGGCCUUCGGCCCGUGGCUGGGCCCUUUCGAGACGCACCCCAGCCAGGAUGUGGCUGGGGUAGAAAGUCCGAUCUUCAGUGACCGCAAGGGCAACACGUACGCCUCGUUGGGCGGUUCGCGCGCGCCUCCGGUGCAGACCGCCGCGACCGCUGCGGCGCUCGGCGCCAAGGGCACGGCCGCGUCCAACGCCGCCACCAAGGAGCUGUACGCCAUGAUGAACAAGAUGGUGCAGCGGCACGCGGCAAACGCGCCCCCCGUAUCGGGGCGGGCGGCGCACUGGCAGUCGGGGCGCAGCGGCAAGAUCAUGGGCAAGCACGGUGGCGGCGGCCGCUGCGGCGCGCCGCGCACCAUUAACCAGCCACGCCGCAGUUAAUCGCAUGGCCGGUAUCUCGUAGCGGUGGGCGGCUGCCAUUAGGCCCCCGCUUCAAGGCCACUGCGGUGCCGCGGCAUAGAACGUCGGGGGAUGCGCGCUGCAGCGCGCUCCAAUGACUGUACCAUGAUGUUACAUAGCACCCAGUGUACACGAUGUAUUGAAGUUGUAAGAAGCACAUGCUCCAGCACAUGUGCAUGGCGUGGACAUAUCUCGUCGGUCCGAUGCAAGCGCUUAGCAGUAGGUACAUUUCCGUCUGCGCUGCAUGGUUACAAUACCGUCACUUUGUUUAGGCGGGCCAAGCUCCUUGUUUUUCCACUUGGCGCCUACGUGCCAUGUGAGACGGGCGGGCGGCCUGUGUUGUUGGGGUUACGUUGAGCAAAGUUGCAACGCUAAGCAACUGUAGUCGUGCGUCGUGGGUGCUGGUAAUGGAGCUGGUCGCAGGUUGCAGAGAUGAAACAAGCAGGUAGCCAGGGCACACGGAGGUGCUUUGGUAGAGAUGACGCAGUCAUUGACGCUGGAUCGGAUACAGCGAAUUAGGUGCAAAGGGUUUGACACGAGCCGGUGGUUAGAAGCGAGAGCGACUCGGCUUUCCCAGCCUGAUAGCGGCACGUGCCCUGAAUACGUUAGUGCCAUGUAACCGGCCGAAGAA